GGGCGGAGAAAGUAAGAGUGGAAAAAAGGAGCCAAGACACCUUUCUUUCGGGAACUGGGCUCAGCUCCCGCGCUGCGCCGCGGUGACGUCAUCCGUCCGCGCCCGCAGCCGGGCGUUGUCAGCGCCCGGUGGCGGCGCCUGCGCAGUGGCUCCGAGCGGGCGGUUGCUUGUUGGUUGUUGUAGUAACGGGGGAAGCAGCCGUCGGCGACUGCCGUGAACCUGGCUGGGGAAGGAGGAGGAAGGUAGGCGCAGAGCGCGGUCCCCGCCUGCCUGCUCCGAGCCAUGGGAAGAUGAGACAGGAAUCUGUGCCACCCAAAUUGUCUGAUCCGGUGAAUCUGCAAGGAAAGGUCUCUGAGGCCCCUGUCUGCUGACUGCAUGACAAACUCUAAAGGAAAUGCCAGUCGUGAUGGCCCGGGACCUGGAGGAAACAGCAUCUUCCUCAGAGGAUGAGGAGGUGGUAAGCCAAGAGGAUCAUCCAUGUAUCAUGUGGACUGGAGGCUGCAGGAGAAUUCCAGUUUUGGUAUUCCAUGCUGAGGCUAUUCUGACAAAGGACAACAAUAUUCGAGUAAUUGGAGAACGUUAUCAUUUGUCUUAUAAGAUUGUGCGAACGGACAGUCGCCUGGUACGCAGCAUUCUGACAGCCCAUGGAUUUCAUGAAGUUCACCCAAGCAGCACUGACUAUAACUUGAUGUGGACAGGAUCCCACCUGAAGCCCUUCUUACUUCGCACCCUCUCUGAAGCACAAAAGGUUAAUCACUUUCCCAGGUCUUAUGAACUAACACGGAAGGACCGACUGUACAAAAACAUCAUUCGAAUGCAGCAUACGCAUGGAUUCAAGGCUUUCCACAUCCUCCCUCAGACCUUCCUCCUGCCAGCUGAGUAUGCGGAAUUCUGUAAUUCAUAUUCAAAGGACCGGGGACCUUGGAUAGUAAAACCAGUGGCCUCUUCUAGGGGGCGGGGCGUCUACCUGAUCAACAAUCCAAACCAGAUUUCCCUGGAAGAGAACAUCCUGGUCUCCCGUUACAUUAACAACCCCCUGCUCAUAGAUGAUUUCAAGUUCGACGUGCGCCUCUAUGUGCUCGUGACUUCCUAUGAUCCUCUGGUCAUCUAUCUCUAUGAAGAAGGGCUGGCCAGGUUUGCCACUGUGCGAUACGACCAAGGAGCCAAGAACAUUCGGAACCAGUUCAUGCACCUGACAAACUACAGCGUGAACAAGAAGAGUGGAGACUAUGUGAGUUGUGAUGAUCCAGAAGUGGAGGAUUAUGGGAACAAAUGGAGCAUGAGUGCUAUGCUUAGGUACCUGAAACAGGAAGGCAGAGACACAACUGCAUUGAUGGCCCACGUGGAAGACCUGAUCAUCAAGACUAUCAUCUCUGCUGAGCUAGCUAUUGCUACAGCUUGUAAAACCUUUGUCCCUCAUCGCAGCAGCUGUUUUGAACUAUAUGGCUUUGAUGUGCUCAUAGAUUCUACUCUGAAGCCAUGGUUGUUGGAAGUGAAUCUCUCUCCUUCUUUGGCCUGUGAUGCACCUCUGGACCUAAAAAUUAAAGCCAGUAUGAUUUCAGAUAUGUUCACUGUUGUAGGAUUUGUGUGCCAAGAUCCUGCCCAGCGGGCAUCUACUCGGCCAAUUUAUCCCACCUUCGAGUCUUCCAGGCGAAACCCUUUCCAGAAAUCUCAGCGCCCAGUAUCUGCACAGUUUCAGUCAUCAUAUACCAAGCAGCGUUCCCGUCCACUCUCUGCCAGUGAUGCGGAAAUGAAAAACCUUGUGGGCUCAGCCCGGGAGAAGCUGCCAGGGAAGCUGUGUGGUUCUGUGCUUGGCUUAUCAAUGGAGGAGAUCAAAGUUUUACGGAGGGUAAAGGAAGAAAAUGAUCGGAGAGGUGGAUUUAUUCGCAUAUUUCCUACAUCCGAGACAUGGGAAAUAUAUGGGUCCUACCUUGAGCACAAAACCUCCAUGAACUACAUGCUGGCAACACGUCUCUUCCAGGACAGGGGAAACCCAAGAAGAAGCUUAUUGACAGGAAGAACACGGAUGACUGUGGAUGGGGCACCAGAACUGAAGGUAGAGAGUGUGAAUUCAAAGGCCAAGCUGCAUGCUGCUCUUUACGAGAGAAAGCUCCUGUCUCUGGAGGUGCGAAAACGUAGAAGACGGAGUGGCAGAUUGAGGGCAGUGAGGCCAAAAUACCCAGUGAUUACCCAACCAGCUGAAAUGAAUGUUAAAACUGAGACAGAGAGUGAAGAGGAGGAAGAAGUUGCAUUAGACAAUGAAGAUGAAGAGCAGGAAGCUUCCCAGGAGGAGUCUGCAGGGUCUCUUGGAGAAAAUCAAACCAAAUAUUCACCCUCAUUAACUGUGAUGGUAGAAAAUUCAUCCAAAGACAAUUCCAUGAAGGUUUCCGAAUGGAAUAAUAAAGGUGAACAGUGCUGCAAAAUCGAUACUCAGGAACCAGAGCCUAAGUUCAACCUGAUGCAGAUUCUGCAAGAUAAUGGAAAUCUAAGCAAAGUGCAGGCCCGAAUAGCAUUCUCUGCCUAUCUCCAGCAUGUUCAAGUUCGCCUGACGAAGGACAGUGGAAGUCAGACCCUCAGUGCCAGUUGGGCUGCCAAAGAGGAUGAACAGAUGGAGCUGGUUGUUCGUUUUCUUAAACGAGCAUCAAGUAACCUCCAGCAUUCACUGAGGAUGGUAUUACCUAGUCGACGAUUGGCACUUCUAGAACGCAGAAGAAUCCUCGCCCACCAACUAGGUGACUUUAUCAUUGUGUACAACAAGGAAACAGAACAAAUGGCUGAAAAGAAAUCAAAGAAGAAACUUGAAGAAGAGGAGGAAGAUGGGGUGAAUACAGAAAACUUUCAGGAUUUCAUCAGACGAGCAAGUGAGGCUGAGUUGGAGGAGGUAUUGACUUUUUAUACUCAAAAAAACAAGUCUGCAAGUGUCUUCCUGGGGACCCACUCUAAAAGUUCUAAGAACAGCAGCAGUUAUUCAGAUAGUGGGGCAAAAGGUGAUCACCCUGAGACAAUACAAGAAGUGAAAAUAAAGCAACCCAAACAGCAACAGGCAACAGAAAUUCACUCUGAUAAAUUAUCUCGAUUUACCACUUCAGCAGAAAAAGAGGCUAAAUUAGUCUAUACCAAUUGUACCUCUGCUUCUUUCUCUGGCCCUGCUGCUACUCUUCUGCAGAAAAUUCCCAACACCCAUCUGUCAUCUAUUAUGACAACCUCUGCCCUCUCGCCAGGGCCUGGCCACCAUUCUACUUUAUCUCACAUUCCUCAAGCCAUCCCCACCAUGCCUCAUCAGCCAGCAGUUUUACUGAACCCAGUCCCUGACAAUGCUUCUUCCUCCAUACAUCCUGGGACACAGAACAUACCAAGCCCCGCUGGCCUGCCGCGCUGUCGAUCAGGCAGUUACACCAUUGGCCCCUUUUCCUCUUUCCAAAGCGCUGCACACAUCUAUAGCCAGAAACUGUCUCGUCCCUCUUCAGCCAAGGCAGCAGGUUCAUGCCAUCCAAACAAGCAUCAUUCAGGAGUAGCCAAAAUGCAGAAAGAGGGAGAAGAUGGUUCUUCAUACGGCAAACGGUACAGCCAAAGUAUGGUGACGGCUGAACUUCAACGACUUGCCGAGAAGCAGGCAGCAAGGCAGUAUUCUCCAGCCAGCCACAUCAGUCUCCUCACCCAGCAGGUAACAAACCUGAAUUUGGCAAGUGGCGUCCUAAACAGAAGCAGUGCUUCAACGCCCCCCAGCCUCCGACCUGCCAUCAGUCCUAGUGGUCCGACAUGGUCCAUGCAGUCAGACCCCCACGCGCCAGAGAACCGCUCCAGCCCCCCUGGAAGCAGGUCACCUCCUUACUCUGCCAACAGCAUGACCUUUGAUACACAAAGAUUUUAAUUUUGAUGAGUACACGUCUAUUGUUUUCUCUUGUUGCCUUGUCUUUGGUGUUGUGGCCAAGAAGUUACCGCCAGCCCCCACGUCAUGACGAUUUUGCCCUGUGUGUUCUUCUAAUAGCUUUUGCUCUUCAGUUUGGGUCUCAGAUGUGGCCCUUGUGUAGCAUCCUACUGUUAACCUAGGCCAGCUCCAUUCAGCAUGGAAGAGGAGGCAAGGGAUGUGACACCAGGAGGUGGGGAUCUUCGGGAGCCAUCAUGAAGGCUGGCUCCCACAAUAAUUCAGGUGCACAGUUUUAAAAGUGAAGUAAUUCUAGAAUGUUUACAGUGAAAAUGGGAAUCCCUUGUCCCUUCUUUCCUCAAUGCCACCCAACCUUAAUUUCCACGCUCCAGGUAAAACUACUCUCAACUUUCUUUUACCUGUUUCUUGGUAAAACCUUACAUUUUUUAAAAAUCUUGCUGGUUCUGCCAUUUUUUGAUUUUUUAUUUUCUUUCCUAUCAGAAAAUUUAUUGAUCUACCCCCUCCCUCAAUACCAUGCCCUUCCUCCUAAGAUGGCAGUAGAAUGUUCUGGUAGAUCAGUGCUCACUGUUGUUUUUUUGGAGGGGGACAUUACUAGGGAUUGAAAUCAGGGGCACUCGGCCACUGAGGCACAUCCCCAGCCCAAUUUUGUAUUUUAUUUAGAGACAAGGUCCCACUGAGUUGCUUAGCCCCUCGCUUUUGCUGAGGCUGGCUUUGAACUCCCGAUCCUCCUGCCUCAGCCUCCCAAGCUAUUGGGAUUACAGGUAUGUGCCACCACUGUUAUCAUUAUCAUGGCUGUGUCCUCAGGAACUUUGGGGCUUCUUAGGUCAUCAUCUCUUCUCUCUGUAUAUCCACUUCACUGUCACGCUGUCUUACUCUCUGGGGAUUCCCCCAGUCAUCGUCUGUAUCUUCUACUUCCCUGAGUCAGACUUGGUAUAUGUUGUGAAAUUAAGAAAUCUCCCAACUUUCAGAUUUCUUCUGGUUCAGGACAUUUUUUACAGGCUAAAGACUAGAAGGACAAGUGGGGUUAUAUAGGUUUAUUUUAUCUUAUGUUCUAUAGACUGAAAUAUUUACAUCCAUGCCUUUAAAAAAUCAGUUGCAUAAAUAACACAUUCACAUCAUAUGGUAGUCUAACAAACCUAUACUGAAUGUAAGAGGUUUGAAUGUUUUUUGCAUAGCCACAUUAAAAGGUUGACUUGUAUAUU